GGGUGGCGUUUACUGCAGCGUUCUUCACCUUCAUUCGUAAAUACCAAAUUAGCCUCAGCGCGUGAGACUGAUAUCUGCUGCGGAGUGCUGUGAUUCGGUCUGACGGCGAGCUUUGCACUGUUGCACUUGUACCAUGGCAUCUGAGUGUACCAUCUCCACCUCCUUAAACAUUAAAGAGCCACGCUGGGAUCAGGGAACAUUUGUGGGUCGAGCAAAGCAUUUCUUCACUGUCACAGACCCGAGAAACAUCCUGCUGUCGAAUGAACAAUUAGAAAAAGCGCGUCAGAUUAUUCUGGAUUACAAAAAAGGGGUGGUAACACCAGGUCUCACAGAAGACGAGCUAUGGAGGGCGAAGUAUGUUUUUGACUCUGCAUUCCAUCCAGACACAGGCGAGAAAAUGCUCCUGAUUGGUCGCAUGUCUGCUCAGGUCCCCAUGAACAUGACCAUCACUGGAUGCAUGAUGACGUUCUACAGAACGACUCCAGCAGUUCUGUUUUGGCAGUGGAUCAAUCAGUCUUUUAAUGCAAUAGUCAACUACACCAACAGGAGCGGAGAUGCCCCCAUCACAGUAAACCAGCUUGGCACAGCAUAUGUAUCAGCCACUACAGGAGCCGUGGCUACUGCGUUAGGACUAAAUGCAUUAGCAAAGCAUGUGUCUCCACUCAUAGGACGCUUUGUUCCUUUCGCUGCUGUAGCUGCUGCUAACUGUAUUAAUAUUCCACUCAUGAGACAACGGGAACUCAAACACGGCAUUCCAGUAACAGAUGAGAACGACAAUCGGUUAGGAGAAUCUUCAAAGGCAGCUCAACAGGCCAUCACACAAGUGGUGGUUUCCAGAAUCCUCAUGGCCUCUCCGGGAAUGGCAAUCCCUCCGUUUUUAAUGAACUCUUUGGAAAAGAAGGCCUUCCUCAAGAGGUUUCCGUGGAUGAGUGCACCCAUUCAAGUUGGCUUGGUUGGGUUCUGCCUUGUGUUUGCAACCCCAUUGUGCUGUGCGUUAUUCCCACAAAAGAGUUCUAUGUCAGUGAGCCGUUUGGAACCAGAGCUGCAGGAGAAGAUUCGAGCCAGUCAUCCUGGAGUAGAGACUGUCUACUUCAACAAAGGACUGUAAAGACAAACGUUGGUGAAUCUGCUCUCUACUGUAAUGGUUUCACGUUCAUCUAAAACAUCUCUUUGUGUGCCAAAGUUCACCCGUUCCUCUCCAGGACAUCCCAACUCAUUUGUCAUUUUGUAAGAUGUUUUUUAAUUGUUUUUAAGCUUGUCGUUGCUGAUCUUUGCCGAUCUUUUUGUCUGACGUGUAUGACGGUGCACACUACUGUACAUACAUGUAGCAUUGUGGUUAUUUUUAUUUAUUAUAUUUGAAAUCAUUUUGUUUGCUGCCAGAUUAUUCCACGUGCCAUUCAAUGUUUUCAGUAAGGAUCAAAGAUGGCUGGUGUUGACCUUGUUUUUCUUUUCCGUUAGUCUGUAUUGCAUUGUUAUUGUCAGUAUUUUGUCUUUAUCUCUUCAUGAGGGUUGCAGUUUAUACGUUACUGCCAAAUUUCAUUGCAGUUUCAAGCAAAAUCAAGGGACCUCUUAAUGACGAUGGUGCAAUCCGUUGAAAACGUUGCCAAAUACAAACCUCUGCUGCACAUUUCCUUAGACGCAGGUUUAAUAAACCGAUUAACUACAGCAUGGGUUUUAAGAAGAGUUGUAUCUAUUUUGCUAUCCUCAGUAUUUGAGUUGAACUAGGAUGUUAUACAAGAAUAGUGUGUAUGUUCAUAUAAUUUCUUCUGCCUGCUGACAGUGCAUGAACAAACGUUUUGUAAGUGAAAAUAGUGUGAGGUUAAAGUUCUACGUGUUCUCAUUGACUGUUCCAAAGUCCACUCCUCUAGCAGUUCAAUGUAACACAUUGUUUUUCAAUGCAAACUUGUCAAACCUGCUUCUGUUUUCUAUUUUAUGAAAGGCCAUUUACUUCAGUCCACCUUAAAAACGGUCUUUUCAUGUGCCAUAUUUUGUUAUGUUUAAGGUAACACACAGCAGUCUCCAUUAAACCUACUAGAAUAACUAGAACAAUCUAACAGUAUAUAGGUUAAUGACUAAUGGAAGUUAAUGUGUCAUUUUCUGUAUCUUUCAAAGAUAAGACACAAUCCAAUAGUUUUUUUUUUUUAACUAGUGUGAUUUUUCCUUUUAUGAAGUGCUACACUGCUUUUUCCGUAAAUCCUGUUCUUGUUUGCCAUCUACACUACAUGGGCAAAGUACAUGGACACUUCCUUUGAAUAAACAGGUUUGGCUAUUUCAGUAAUUUAUGAUGACAAGUAUUAAUGCAACAGCAUAAAGACAUUCUAUCUAGAAAAUUGUAUUUUAGUGAUCUACAUUACUCCAGUCCAUCAGUUAAUGUCG